GGCCCGGGGUCGUGGGGCCGGGCACCGGGUGUUGCAUGCGGGGCGGGGCAGGGCGGCCGCGAGCUGGAGGCGAAGAUGGAAGGCUUAACGCUGAGCGAUGCGGAGCAGAAAUAUUACUCGGAUCUCUUCUCCUACUGCGACAUUGAGAGCACCAAGAAGGUGGUAGUCAACGGGCGGGUGCUGGAGCUGUUCCGGGCCGCGCAGCUGCCCAACGACGUGGUCCUCCAGAUUAUGGAACUAUGUGGUGCAACAAGACUUGGUUAUUUUGGACGAAGUCAGUUCUACAUUGCUUUGAAACUUGUAGCUGUGGCCCAGUCUGGUUUCCCGUUAAGAGUAGAAAGUAUAAAUACAGGUAAAUAUGCAAAAUACUAUGUUGAGAAUUUGCAUUCUUUUCAAGUGGUUCAGCCUCGUGCGUCUGCAGAUCAACAGGAACCUGCAUCCCCAGUAGUUUCACCACAGCAGUCUCCGCCGACUUCUCCACAUACAUGGAGGAAGCACAACCGUCAUUCCAGUGGGGGGAAUAAUGAGAGGCCUCUUGCAGGACCUGGGCCAUUUUGGUCUCCUUUUGGUGAAACACAAUCAGGUUCUUCUGCUGGUGAUGCAGUGUGGUCUGGGCAUUCUCCACCUCCACCUCCACCUCAAGAAAACUGGGUCAGUUUUGCAGAUACUCCACCAACCAGUACUCUUUUAACCAUGCAUCCUGCUUCUGUCCAGGACCAGACAACAGUACGAACUGUAGCCUCAGCUACAACUGCCAAUGAAAUUCGUAGGCAAUCCAGUAGUUAUGAUGAUCCCUGGAAAAUAACAGAUGAACAAAGACAGUAUUAUGUAAAUCAGUUUAAAACCAUUCAGCCUGAUCUAAACGGAUUUAUUCCAGGAUCUGCAGCUAAAGAGUUUUUUACCAAAUCAAAACUUCCUAUUCUUGAACUUUCUCAUAUUUGGGAACUCUCAGACUUUGAUAAAGAUGGUGCAUUGACACUGGAUGAGUUUUGUGCUGCUUUUCAUUUGGUGGUUGCUAGGAAGAACGGCUAUGACUUACCAGAAAAACUCCCUGAGAGCUUAAUGCCCAAACUGAUUGAUUUGGAAGAUUCAGCAGAUGUUGGAGAUCAGCCAGGCUCUCCUACUGAAGCACCUCCAAGCAAGUCACCAUCAAUGCCAUCACUAAACCAGACUUGGCCUGAGCUGAAUCAAAGCAGUGAGCAGUGGGAGACAUUUAGUGAACGCUCUUCAAGCUCACAAACUCUGACCCAAUUUGAUUCUAACAUUGCACCAGCUGAUCCUGAUACUGCUAUUGUUCAUCCAGUUCCCAUUCGUAUGACUCCAAGCAAAAUCCACAUGCAGGAAAUGGAACUUAAAAGAACUGGCAGUGAUCAUACUAAUCCGACCAGCCCCUUACUUGUGAAACCAUCUGACCUUUCAGAAGAAAAUAAGAUAAAUUCAUCUGUGAAAUUUGCUUCUGGAAAUACUGUAGAUGGUUACAGUAGUUCAGACUCUUUUACUUCUGACCCAGAACAGAUCGGGAGCAAUGUAACUCGUCAAAGGUCUCAUUCAGGAACUUCUCCUGAUAACACUGCACCACCACCUCCCCCUCCAAGGCCACAGCCCUCUCAUUCUAGAUCAUCAUCCUUAGAUAUGAAUCGGACCUUUACAGUCACCACAGGACAACAACAGGCUGGAGUUGUUGCCCAACCUCCUGCAGUGCCUCCAAGACCACAGCCCUCACAGGCUCCUGGUCCCACUGUGCAUCGUCCAGUGGAUGCCGAUGGCCUAAUGACUCACACUAGUACCUCACCUCAGCAGAUACCAGAGCAACCAAAUUUUGCAGAUUUCAGCCAAUUUGAAGUAUUUGCUGCAUCAAAUGUAAAUGAAGAACAAGAUGAUGAAGCUGAGAAGCAUUCAGAAGUCUUGCCGGUUGAAAAAGCUUCUGAUCCUGCAAGUUCUCUUCGAGUUGCCAAAACGGAUAGUAAAAUAGAAGAAAAGACAGCUGCUAGUGUUCCUGCCAAUGUGAGCAAAGGCACAACACCUCUUGCUCCACCACCUAAACCUGUCCGAAGAAGAUUAAAAUCAGAAGAUGAAUUAAGGCCAGAUGUCGAUGAACACACACAAAAGACAGGUGUCUUGGCUGCUGUUCUUGCGUCACAACCUUCUAUUCCCAGAUCCAUUGGAAAAGAUAAGAAAGCUAUUCAGGCAUCAAUUAGACGCAAUAAGGAAACCAACACAGUUUUGGCCAGAUUGAAUAGUGAAUUGCAACAACAAUUAAAGGAUGUUCUUGAGGAGAGAAUUUCCCUGGAAGUUCAACUGGAACAACUUCGACCAUUCUCUCACCUAUAAGCCAAUUGCCGUUAACUGUGAACAUACCCCAUUUUUAAGCGGUUUUGGGUUCAAAGCCAAUUUGGAGGCCCAAAUAUUCAGCUCACUGCUUAAUUCAAAAUUAAAUUUUAUGAUUCUGUUUUGCCCUAUAUGUUCACUGUUGUAUUUAAGUAUCUCUUUUUUUUUUUUUUUUUAAUUUCAACAAUAAAAGGGUCAGGAUGACUUUUUCUGGAGGGUA